UUAUGAGCAAAUAAAGUGUUUACUCCUUCACGAACACUUUCCUCCCUGAGAUGCUGUGGCGUGGAAUACCUCCUACCCCCCCCCGCUCCCUGGAGGUGGCUUGGCGGCGCCGGGAAGCCUGCACGCAUAAAAGAGGAAUAAUUCACGUGUCAUAAAGUGCCGCGGAACACCACAAGACUCGGCCCUUCAACAUUAUGAGAAGGUGUUCCGCUACGUUAACCUCUCUCUCUCUCUCUCUCUCUCUCUCUCUCGGUGCAGGAGUGGUAGUGGCGGCGGCGGUGAAGGUGCUGGUGCUGCAGGAGGACGGGGUGAUGACCAAUCAGUCGUGGGCACAGAGCUCCGUCACCACCACGCCUUCGCCCUCCGCCUCCGCCUGCAUCAGAUUCAAGGUUUUCUUUUUCCGGCCUCUCACCCACGUGUUCUCCCUCACAUCGAAGGAAGAGAGUAGGGAGAUUAACGGAGAGAUCUUCGUGGACUACGUGCGGCCCAUCGUGUCCGCCGCCUUCUACUUCCUGGGCAUCUCGCAGCCGCUGCAGGUGCUCACGUGGUACCACUACUGCCUCACCUACAACCACACGGCGGCGCAGAUCUCCGCCUACCUGGACGGUGACCUGCAGGGCGUCAUCUCCAGGAACACGUCCAGGUGGUUCUCCGAGGCCACGCUGGUGCUGGGCCAGUACAGCCUCGAGUACCUGAGCAGCUACACGGAACGGCGCAGCUUCAGCGGACAGCUGACGCACGCCGGGGUGUGGGGCCGCACCCUGACGGGCUCAGAAGUGGCUCAGAUGGCGGACUGCGGUCCCUUCCCUCCCGGCGUCUCCAUCAGUUUGGAUCAAGAGUGGAUCCUCAACAACGCCUCUUUCGUUGACCUGCCGGAGGCGGAAAUCUGCGAGAAGAAGACCAAGUCCAGCUACCUGAAAUUAACGCCAAUGCCCUACGAAGCGUCGCUUGUGGCGUGUUCCGGGCUAGGGGGACGCCUGCCUGUAGCUGAGAAUUUGCAACAUGCCCUUGAAAUUAUGGAGAUCUUAAACAGACCACCCGCCAUUCAGAUGACGUGGAUUGGAGCCACCGAUAAUGCAGAGGAAGGUGUGUACGUGAAGGCCCACAACGAGGAGGUGAUAGAGUGGUUCAAAUGGGGAAGCAAUGAUCCCAACGGCCUACAGUGGCAGAACUGUCUCAUACUAGACUUCGAUUACAUGCACGACUAUCCUUGCUACGUUCAGCGAGAGGCCCUGUGCUACCUAGCCGGCCAGCAGGAGUGGACGCUGAAGGGUCCGUGUGAGGAGGACACCGCCAACUACAAGUACAGCCUGACACACCCGGACAAGGGCCAGCUCGUGUUCCGCGGCUACUACCAGUACGAGAUCGCGGAGGAAGGGGAGGCGUGGUUGUGGAAGAACGUGAUCACGGACACGGUUAUCGCGCGCCUGUCCUUCGCAGAGGCGCGGUGGCCCAUGGGUCGCUGGAACUGGACCAUGGAGAGCGAAGUGUGCGAGAAGAAGGGCGUGCAGGUGCUGCAGCUGAGCUCAUGCACGGGAGAGGAGUACACGUGCAGGGACGGCUCGUGCAUCCCGCGACUGCAGCGCUGUGACCGCCGCCCGGACUGCCAUGACGAGAGCGACGAGCAGGAAUGCCAGCUGGUGCGGCGCCCCGCCGGCUACCACCACACCCUACCACCGCCCAGCACCAUGGCAGGGACCCCUCUACCGGUGGGCCUGAAGAUUAAACUGGUGAGUCUUUCUCUGAGCGACAAGGACAGCUACCUGGAGGUCACCUACCACCUCAAUGUGACCUGGAGUGAUCUCAGGCUGCGCUUUCAUGACCUCAAGGCGGCGGCUAGACUCAACCAGGUGCCCGUCACUGACCACGGCAGCCUGUGGACACCUACACUCACGCUGAUCAACGUGCGGGGGACGGAGAGGACGAGGGUGGAUGACGAGGCUGUGCUCACUGUGCACCGGCGAGGUCAUCCCCUGGACGAUGACCUCUCGGUGCCUGAGGACGCGGACGUUUACCUGGGCGUGGAUAAUCACCUGAGCGUGGAGAGGAAGUACACCUCCAAUUUUCUGUGUGACCUUGACCUGGAGCUGUACCCGUUCGAUACCCAACGGUGCUACAUGGAGAUGGAGAUGCUCUCAGCCGCCACUGACUUUGUAAAGCUGGACAGGAAUGCAUCUGAAGUGAUGUACGUUGGCGCAGAGCUGCUCAUUGAGUACACGGUGGUGAGCGUGAGCCUGACGGUGAACAACAGCUACACGAUGGCGCAGGCUGAGGUGAAGGUGGUGCUGCAGCGACGCGUCGGCUACCCCAUCAUCUCCAUCUACGUGCCCACCGUCAUCCUUCUCAUCUUAGCUUACCUCUCCCUUGUCUUUCGGCGGGACAAUUUCGACACUCGCGUGAUGUCCUCCCUCACGGUGCUGCUCGUGCUCGCCUCGCUCUUCACACAGACAUCCACGUCGCUGCCCAAGACGUCGUACUUUAAGAUGGUGGACGUGUGGUUGCUGUUUUGUAUUUCGCUAAUCUUCUUCGUGAUCGUUUUCCACGUGACCAUUGACAUGGCCGCCACAGGGCAGCUGACCGGUGACUCCUCCAAGUUCUCUACCACCACACAGGUGUUUCCUUUCAAAGGGAAGGAAAAGAUGUUCUCCCCGCCCCAGGCCCCCGAGCCCCGCAGGAUGAUGCUCGGCAAGUUAUUGCCCACCGGGGGGAACAGUCCCGAGGAGAAGAAGCGCCUCCUCUCCGACAAAUUGUUCAGACAGGCACUCAUCUUUAUCCCUGGUUAUUUCAUACUCUUCAACAUCAUUUACUGGAUCUACAUCUUCGCCUGAACGCUGCGUGGCCGCCUUCCUCCUGUCCCGCGACUCAACAGCGUGACCCACCACGCCCCUACCGGUGACCGUCUUCUGCCCUGCUAUUCUCUUCAUGACCUCCAUUUAUUCUUCUCCUCUUCCUCCUCCUCUUCUUCCUCUUCCUCUCCUUAUUAUUAUCAUCAUCAUCACCAUCAUCUUCAUUUUGCAGUAUAUAGAACGGCAAUGAAACAUAACAGCAGCAAGCCUUUUGGUCCGAGUCUGUUUGUGAUAAGCUUUGCUAUCUGAUGUUAUAUAAUUUUAGAGACGGAAAAUUUCGAAGGUUUGCCCAUUCUCCUUCCUCAAAUUAGCCUUAAUGAGUCUAUUUGUGAUAAGCUAUACCAUCUAAUCUUGAUUUAGAGGAUGUAAGAUAUCAAAGUCGAAGGCUCUUCCCAAUAUACAAUCCUUCCCAGGCGAGGUUAGAAUGAAAGAAAGACCAUGCAACACAAAAAAUGCCUGAAUAUCUUUUUUAUAGGAGUGAGGUAAAAAAGAAAAAAAAGCAGUGUCGAAUCACCAACAAUACCUACAGAAAAAAAAAAAAUCAUCGUUUCAAAAUGAUACUGAAUCUUUGGAGUCGUGCAACAAUAACUCUACCUUUGCUGCGGAUCAGUCUGAAUGCAUCUCUGAUUUGUUUUUGAGGUCUGGAAUUGUUAUGGUAUUGACGACGAUUGAAGAUAAAAAGAAUCGAGAGAUUAACUAUCUGACUGCAGCGUUUGGCUUUGUUUGGCGAGAAGCCUCAACCAAUUACCUCAAAACUUUCAAUACUUCCAGAACUAAUAUUAGAUUGUCUGGCUGCUCUCAUCUCGACAUUGUUAAGAUAGACUUGUUUUCAAUCCUUGUUCGUAGGAAUAGUUUGUAAUCUUCCGCUGAUCUCUCUCUCUCUCUCUCUCUCUCUCUCUCUCUCUCUCUCUCUCUCUCUCUCUCUCUCUCUCUCUCUCACACGUUACUAAACAUACUUUUUUCAAUUCUGCUCACAACCAUCAAGGAACGACCAUCAUUAUGAGUUUAUAAUCAAUACGUGUGUUAUGAAGCACUUUGUUCUCUCACAAUUGGUAUUUUUAAGAACCACAUUUCAAGAACCACAGUUUGAUUUUCACUUAUAGUUUUAUUGCACUAAAGAUGCAGAAUUCCUAUUACCAAUGGAUUCAUUAACACAUUUUGGAACCACCACCAACUUUUACCAAUUCAUCUUAUAACAAGUUGAAAUAAGAGGCGUUUGAGAAUGCGAACAUAAGUGCUUCUAGUUACCACCGGGCAAUAUUGACAAAGAAACUGAGGUCGCCAUGGUACAGUGGAGCCAUGCGCGCUUUGGGGUCAGAGGGGUCUCCAGGCGCACUGGUUCAAAUCUUUGAAAAUAAUCAUUAAGUUGUUACAAAAACCUCACCCUCAUUAACAACUCAGUUAUGAGACACGCUGCCUGUCACCUCCUUUCCGUCCUCAGUCAGCGGAUGUAGUACUUCCCAUGAAAACUCUCUCUCACACACAGACACUGACACUUAAAUACAGUGUUGUAUAUAUAUACCAGUGUAACAUUAUUCUAAACUUGCAUUGUAUAAUUUCACUUCAUCUAAGUAAAAACACUCUAUCAAAUGUUAAAGGAGUGAAUUAUUUAAUAUAGAUUUUGCUCCCUUAGAAUAUGCACAAUGCUAGAAGAAAAUGUUUGAACUUAAUGUCACUUUUAUCUGUAGUAACCACUAUUAGAGAGCUGACUGAUGCCCUGAGAGGACGCUGCUGCUCUGACCCGAGUCCUUAAUACCUCACUGCACGGCCUCCUACCGCAGCAAAGCCUCGCUACGGUACAUUAAUCCUCAAUCUCGUGCCUCGCCCUCGCCCUCACGCUAAGCAUCUGCCGUGUUGGUAUUACUAUUACAUAGAGUAAUAUUUAUAGUUGUUAGUGAUAGAGAGUAAUAAUAUUCCGAAUGCUUUAUUUUUGUAUGUAGUUUAAUUGGUGUGAUGGAAAAAAAGGAUCUGUAAUAUUCAAUAAUACAAAUUGAUAAAAUUCUAUUUUUUUUCUGUGUGGAA